GAAAUGAGUCUCUUGUGGACAAUGUCUUGUCCAUCUCGUUGAACUUUGGUGGGCGUCUCGUCUCCAUGGGAUACUUCAUCCGUCAACGAUCUACACAUUACUAUGCCAUUAUGCACAAGUACACAGGUCCCGUUUUCAUUAAGCCGGGACCAAUGACAUACAGUGAACUACUGAAAGCAAUAAAGGAUAAUAGAAGACGAGAUCUCGUCUUAACUCAAGUCUGCGGGCAAGAAGAAAAACCAGGCUUGGUGACUUUUUCAACUUACUGGGAACGGGUUCCCGAUGUCGAAUCAGAGUACCUUCUUUCUCACACUUCUUCCCAGCCUCCUCCUACUCCACCUUCUUUCCCUCUUCCACAUAUUAUUUGUUUAUCUAUAGAUCAAAGGCCAUACGCACAAUUUUGUCAGGGUAUGGAGAAGGAUGUGUUAUGCACAGCCAUUUGGGAGCAGCAACCGGAUCGCAAAAGUUUCGUCCUUAUUGAAGACAAUCUUGAUAAUAUGUAUCAAAAUUUCAAAAGGAAUGCCGAGAUAAUACCCCGGCAAAUAUCACACUUCAUUGAUAAAAGAGGUACUGUUAUGUACGUCGUAUUGUGGAGUGAUAUGCAUUCAAAUCGCUAUCCCGAUGUGGAUCCUCUCUGGGAGGAGAGGACGAUACCAGUGCGAUUUCUUCAAGGAACUCCCGAACUCCUCAAAGAGUCACAAAUGGAAUUUUUAAUAGAACGAGUGGAACACUUUAUGCGUGAACUCGAUAUUCCUGGGUUGUCGAUUGCUAUUGCGAAGAGAGAACAGCUAAAAGUUGGAUCUGUUUCAAAGCCGAUCACAGCAGCAGCGAUUAUGCACCUUGUUGAUCAGGGAAAAAUUGCUCUUGAAGACAAACUUUUUGGUGCUAAGUCGAUUUUUGGUUUUGGCUACGCUGACGUGCGAAAACAAGAGAUUGUAACACCAAAUCACCAGUUUAGGUAUCUUUUAGGCACUUCUGCUUAUAAAUGUGAAGGAAAUAAUGAAGUUUUUAGAGUUGGAUCUGUUUCAAAGCCCAUCACAGCAGCAGCGAUUAUGCACCUUGUUGAUCAGGGAAAAAUUGCUCUUGAUGACAAAAUCUUUGGUGCAAAGUCGAUUUUUGGAACCAAAUUUACGAAACGAAAAUCUUACAAAAAGUAUGUUACUGACGUUACUGUAAGGCACUUGCUUGAGCAUUCUGCAGGUAUUACACUCAUAAUAUAUGAAAGGUCAGCUGGUGGCUGGGAUAACUUGCAAUCCGAUCCAGCUUGGAUUCAACAAAAUCUAAACACAGAGCAGUUAAUCGACUACGAAGACUACGUGAAAACAUUCGUCUUUGCUGCAGCGGGGGUCCAUGACAUACAAGUAGCAAGGCCAACAAUCAGUCAAAAAGCACCGAGAGAAGUACUAUAUUACAUGAGUGGGAACAGACUUGGUUUUGAUCCGUACGAGAUGUUGUCCGCGGAUCGUAUAGGACCUUGGGGUGGUUGGAUAGCAAGCCCUAUUCAAAUGCUUUUAUUCAUGGUUAGUUAAUA